AUGUCGGAAUUGUUCGAAUCGACGAUUUCAAACAUUGUUGAAACUGCGGAAGAACAUAUCUGUCUUACUAUGUACCACAUAAAUAAUUAUUAUGCAACAUUAACAGAUGAAAAUGAAAAACAAUUUCUGCGUGAUUUUUAUGAUGAUUUUAUCAUAGCAUGUAUGGGAAAUCAAAGAUUUCUUGAUGCUAGGUCGGUUGAAGUAACUACUUUGACUCAGGCUCUAAUAGAUUUGUACCUCAUCGGGUGUAGUGCAAAUGACGGAACUCAAAUGUGGAUAGAUACAAUGAAAGCUCGUCUACAACUUUUAAUAACAGAAAUGCUAGAAGAUUUCUCCGUUAGUCUUUCUUCAAUGCAAAGUGCACUUCAAAAAAGCAUUAACAAUCUGGAGAAUAAUCAAAUUCGGCUGAUAUUAAUUGCUGAUUUGUUCAAUGUUGCUGUACGUGAUAUUCAUGGCUACGUAUAUCAGAGGAAUCAUAUUUGCGAAACAAGAGGAUGUAAUACGCACAUACUUAAUGUCAUCGGCGAAAUGGCAGAAAUUGAAAGACGAUCUGAUGUUCCAAACGUAAAUCGAGAUUUCCCAGCCAGUCUUAUUGGAGAAGUACAACUGAGAGAACUAGCAUUAUCUUGGUGUUCGGCAGAGUUAGAAAACAAUCCAUACGAUGCCAUGCCACAAGAGAACAGAUCAGUUUUGCACAAUAGAAUCCGCAGAGCACUCCAUUCUCUAUUGGACAUAUACAGGGACAUAGCAAAUAAUUAUGGUUUGGGUUUGAUACCGUUUAUAAAUUACUUAAAACAAAAACAACAACGUAAUCAGCUUGCCCAUUAUAAUCAAGCUAUUCAACAAUACAUUCACAAUUCUAACAGAUGGAACUUUUCAUUUAACAAUUUUCUUCAGAUUCCUGAUAAUCAACGCAUUCGCAGAGCGAUGGACGACGCGGAGAAUCUUCAGCGUAUAUUUAGGCACACCUGUGACUGGCAAAAACGACCGCGGCACCGGCGAUUUUGGCCUCGAGAUGAAAUCACAGUAGGUCCUCCAACAUCACCAAAUAAUUCAUCGAAUAAUCAGUCGCAAUUUCAUCGACUCGAAUUUCGAAUGGAUCAAAUCAAACGUCAACGAUGUGAUAGUUUCAACGACAAUAAAAGACAGAAAACCGAUGAUUGUUGUGUUACACGAUUUGAAGAUCUCGCGAACGAAAUUAUCUAUGAAAUUUUUGAUUAUCUUGAUUCUUAUCAUGUUCACAAAGCAUUUUCCAGUCUCAAUUAUCGAUUUCAAUCUUUUCUCAUAGAAUCAAAUCUUCCACUUCGAAUCAACAUUCCUCUCAUGUCUCCAUCAACAUUUCAUCGUUACAAUAAUGAUAUUAUUCAACCCAACAUUCAACGAAUUCAUUCCAUUCACGUUUCACAUUAUUUUAUGUAUGAUGAACAAACACUUCCAUUAACACAAAUGACAUUCCUUCGAUCACUUGUCAUCGAAAACAUUGAGUCUGAAUGCUUACAAAAUCUGGCCAAUCAAUUAAUUUCGUUAUCACAUUUAUCUUCAUUGAGUAUUAUGAUUAUCGAUACAGUUAAAGAUAAAAUUGGUAUUUAUGAACAAAUCUUUCGUUUACCUUCAUUACGUUAUUUCAAAUUAUUAUUGGAAAAUCCAAGGUAUCAAUCAUGUGAUGUAUCAUCGAUUCACCUGAACGAACAAAGUUCGAUCGAACAUUUAGUUAUUGAUCAUCAAAUCAAAUAUAUCCAGCUCAAUAGUUUUCUUUCAUAUGUCCCUCGACUACGUCAUCUUUCUUUACAAUUAUCAUCAGAUUAUGAAUAUUCACUAAUCAAUGUACCAUGUCAUGUUCUAGACAGUUUAACACAUCUAUCUCUGAAAUCAACUUACCAACUGAGAUUCGAGACAUUGGAACGUAUUCUUAUCAAUCAUUUUUCUCUUGUUGAGGUUUUACGUCUCUCUGUAUCGCUAACGACUUUAGAUGCGAACAAAUGGAAACAAUUGAUAUCGACACAUCUAUCAAAAUUACGUAUUUUUGAUGUCAGGUUUAAAUUUUAUUCAUAUAAUAAUGCAAAAGAUGUAGCGUAUGAAGAGCAAGUUACUCAAUUUCAAUCAUCGUUUUGGAUUGAACGUCAAUGGUUUUUUCAUUCUGAAAUAAUUCGACUUCGAUACCCAGAGCAAAAACUUUUCUUUUCAGUGAAUGCAUAUCGAAAAAAAGAUUAUAGAAUAUAUAAACAAUCCAAUGAAGAAAGUUUCACAGAUGAAAUUCGAACAAUGUUCUACUCAGUUGACCAUGUUGAAAUUGGAGAUGAAAGAGCAAUGAAUCAGUCUAUGUCUUACUUCCCGAAUGCUAAUAAACUUACUUUCGAAGAUCAAUUUUCAAGCGCUGGCUAUUUGCUACUUUCAGUCGGUGUCAAUCGUAUUUUAUCUUUACAACGAAUAAAAACUUUAGUGAUCAAAUGUCAUCAUUUUUCUCUGAUGAAAAUGAUUGACUUAUUAUCAUGUAUUCCUAAUCUUCAAAUAUUAGCAUUUCAAACAAUGCCUCUUUACAAAGAAGAAGGAAAAUCCAUUGAACAAAACGACAAAUUUCAAUUAUUGUCAGAGACAAAUUCCAUCACGAAUAUCAGUUUUAAAGAACGAUCUACGCCAGACAAAAUCGAAUUACUUAUAAAGUUAUUUCCUCGUAUUCAGUAUCUUGCAAUGAAUACAUAUAUGAAAGAUAUGAAAGUUAUAUUACAACUUUUAGUAAAGCAAAAUACCCCUGAUCUACUAUUAACAUGUUUUACAUAUGCAGGUGAAGUGUAUUUUCGACAUCUGACUGGCUUAAUUCAAUCUAAAGUAUUAUCUACUGAUUACAAAGUAACACAUGCUGGAAGAAAAUUAUACUUAUGGUAA